AUGUCGGAUUCUAAAACAAAUAAUAAUAAUACACACUCAGCAGAGUAUCUCUCAAGUGAGAUGAUGGAUGAAGACUUCUUGAGUUCUUUUGCGCCCAUUCGAUUUAUUCAAUUAAUAUUAGGUACAUGCCGAGUGGACAGCAGGGACAGAUUUGUGACACCACCUACAAUCUACCAAAAAUUGUAUUCAAUAGUACUUGUGGUUUUAAUAGUUUCAGCAUUCUCCAAAAUAAUAUACACCUAUAAUCUGAAAUUUCAUGAAUAUCAAAACAUAUACCCUUUACCUUUGUUGUUGGCUUUCUGUAUGAUAGCAACGUAUAUUAUAAACAUUAUACACGCUGUAGAUUUACCAGGUCUUGUAGUAAUAGGAACUAUGUUUAUAGUAUAUACAUAUACAAUACAAUACUUGUGUCUCCAAUGUGAAUUCUUCUUCAGAGAAAUAAAAGUAGUUAAAAGUUUAUCAAUUACUCUAAUGUCGAUACAUCAGAAUGGGCCAAUGCGAGAAAAGGCUAAGAAGAUGUACAAGAUACUAGAGGAAACUCCACCGAGUCAGGUCAUGGACAUCGUACUAAUUAUAAACAUAGUUUGUACAGCAACAGUGCAUACAAUUAUAACAUUCUUUUUAUGUUUUCGAUGUGAACUAUUUUGCAAAGAGAUUAAACUGACAAAAAGAUUAUCUAUUUCUAUAAUGUCGAACUACAUGUACGGCCCCAUAAGAGAGAAGGCAAAAAAAAUAUAUAAGAUUUUAGAAGAUACUCCACCUAAAUUAUUGAUAUACGACAUGUGGGAAAUGAACGCACGGCUUUUAAUCAAAUUCGGAAACAUUGUAACCAGAAUGUUUGUUACUUUGCUGCAAUUUACUUUCCUCUAAGUUUAAGUGUUUCAAACGAUAUAAUAUGUACCAUUGAAGUUUAAAAACAUGUUAACAAGUUCAUGGCAUUCACUCAAUAUCAAAACGAAACAGAAAUAUAAUCGCUUUAGUAUUAAGUACGAUAUAGGUACCUACCUACUACGAAAGUAUUAGGUCGUCACAAAAUAUACGUUAAAAUUCGUUACAAAUAAAUUA